UAGGGAACUAUGUUUGGUAGUCAAUGAGAAGGAGAAUACAUUUUAAACAUUACAUGAUGAAAUUUAAAAGACUGGUAUAGUUUUUAGGAUCAAAUGCAAUAUAACUACAAGGAGGCUAUAAUGCGUUGGCAGUCUUGUUCAGUAGUCUCGCUGUUUUUAAAAUAGCCGACUAAAAUACUUUACUUCUUCAAAGGAGCAAUGACCUGCCUCCACUUUUUCAACUGCGAUCAGCUUACUUGCUAAUUGCAAGAUCAACCCCAGUGUCUAGCUGGCUAGCUACCCGACCGUUAGAUGUAGUGCAGCGAUAGCUAGCUAGGCAGGAAGUACUUCAGGUUUACGACAAGACAGGUUAGCAAGCUGGAUAUUAGUGGGGAACCUGUAUCCUAGCUAGUUACAGCUACCUCUGUACGUAGGUACCUUACUGUAAUUGAUAAUUUUUAAGGUAGGUUAGUUUGCAUACUCGACUGAAAAAGACAAAGGAAUGGCUAAGUUGUCAAGUGAGUGACAUGCUAAGACAGCUAUGCUAUUAGCUUCCACAAGUAAUAGCUGGCUAUCAAAGCUAUCCUAAACCACUGAUACUUGAAAGAACUUCGCUAAAGUUAGCAAGUUAGCUAACUAGUUGAGUUAGCCUGCCGUUUAUUUUUAAUUCCUUUGUGUUAGGGAAAGACUCAGUGGACUUUUGCCACUACUGUAAGUGUUUUUUUGCUCGGUGAAGUAGUUGUAGAUUUUCGGAUGGCCCCACAUAAAUAUGGUUCGGGUGGUGGAGGUAUUGGUUCUGGUCCUGGAUUUGGUUAUGGUACCGGGGGCAAAGUCGGUGUUCAGUCCUCCGGAAUUGUGAUGACUUCAAAGAAGCCCAAAAUGGAACAGAUUCAAGCUGACCAUGAACUCUUCUUACAGGCAUUUGAAAAACCCACACAGAUCUAUAGAUUUCUGCGUACCAGGAACUUGAUUGCACCCAUCUUCUUGCACAGGACUCUCACAUACAUGUCCCAUCGAAACUCAAGAACAAAUGCCAAAAGGAAAUCUUUUAAAGUGGAUGAUCUGCUGCACAAGGUUGAGAAGGCAAGAGGAGAGCAAGAGUCUCAGAGCUUGGCUUCACAUUUGCAAUUGACUUUCACUGGAUUCUUCCACAAAACAGAAAAGCUAUCGCAGAAAUCGGAGAACGAACAAAACACAGUGCCCUUGGAGGUGCUUCUAGUGAAAGUCUGUCACAAGAAGAGAAAGGAUGUCAGCUGCCCGAUAAAGCAAGUGCCUACAGGUAAGAAGCAGGUGCCUUUGAACCCUGAUGGCAGCCAGGCCAAGCCAGGGGCCUUCCCCACACUGCUGGUGUCCAGCCAGGAGUUUGAGCCCAGCAACAGCCACAUGGUCAAGUCCUACUCGCUGCUCUUCAGGGUGCCCUGGCCGGCCAGGUGCCAGCUCGGCGGCCUGGCCAAUGGCGAGGCCAACGAGAACAUAGGUGUUGUUGAGGAAAUGACGAGCAGAAAAAAGCGCUCCUUACCCAGGGAAGAUGGCGAAACUAUGUUUGUGGCCCAGAUGACUGUUUUUGAUAAGAAUCGGCGUUUACAGUUACUUGAUGGAGAGUAUGAAGUGUCCAUGCAAGAAAUGGAGGAGUGUCCAGUUGGUAAAAAAAGAGCCACAUGGGAAACCAUUGCAGAUCAGAAGUGGCUGCCUGAUCUGACCUUCCAGGGCCCCACGCUGCAGUUCACCCUGCGCUGGACAGGAGACGCGUCCAGCCGCUCCACGGCGCCGGUGGCCAAGCCCCUGGCCACGCGCAACUCUGACUGCAGCAGCGGCGCUGCAGAGAGCAGGCCGUGCAGUCUCAAGCCCCCGCAGACAGCAGCUGUAAAGGAGCCAGUUAGCACUGACACUGUCCUGAGGAAGGAGCAGAUUGUGGCAGAGUCACGGCAGAAGCCCAGGAUAAUCUAUCAGUUCCUCUACAACAAUAACACGCGUCAGCAGACAGAGGCGCGGGAUGACCUGCACUGUCCCUGGUGCACCCUGAACUGCUGUAAGCUCUACAGCCUGCUCAAGCACCUCAAGCUCUCCCACAGCCGCUUCAUCUUCAACUACGUGCCUCACCCCAAAGGGGCACGGAUAGACGUAUCCAUAAAUGAGUGUUAUGAUGGUUCGUACGUGGGCAACCCGCAGGACAUUCACAGUCAGCCUGGCUUUGCCUUCAGCCGCAAUGGCCCCGUCAAGAGGACAGCAGUCACCCACAUUCUCGUCUGCAGGCCCAGACGUCUAAAGCCCAGUCUGUCGGAGUUCCUGGAGCCGGAGGAGGGGGCUGAUGUGGAGCAGCAGCGCAUGUACACCAGCGGCCACAACCGCCUCUACUUCCACAGCGACAACUGCGUGCCGCUGCGGGCCCAGGAGAUGGACGAAGACAGCGAGGACGAGCGCGACCCCUAUUGGCUUCGGGAGAAAACGAUCAUGCAAAUUGAUGACUUCACUGAUGUGAAUGAGGGGGAGAAGGAGGUCAUGAAGCUGUGGAAUCUUCACGUGAUGAAACAUGGAUUCAUUGCAGACAAUCAGAUGAACCAUGCCUGCAUGACGUUUGUGGAAAAAUACGGCGGUGACAUUGUGGAAAAGGACCUUUGCCGAAACUUUGCACUGCACAUGGUCAGCAUGCACGACUUCAACCUGGUCAGUGUGGCGACCAUCGAUAAGGCCAUGGCCCGCGUGCGCGACCUCCAGCGGAAGCAGCAGCGGGCGCACGACCAGGCGCACAACGUCAGAGCGCCCAGCAGCACUGAUGCCUCCUCCACCAGCCAAGCCAGCCAGGGGCCGCUAACAGACAAAGAGGCAGCAACGACAACAGCAGCAGCAACAACAUCCACCGCCACCACCACAACAACAUCAGCAUCAGGAGGAGCAACCAGCAGGGCCCGGCAGAACAAGAGGCAGAAGCUUUGAGGG